AUGGGCCUUCCUAUCUGGCGCAACCCGGAGGAGGCCAAGGUGAAGAAGGAACACACGAAAGUAGACCCCACAGCAGGAGCGCGCUCGCCUAUACGCCGCGAACGACCACCCUAUGCCCGCCGCCGAACGCCGCCUCGCCAUGAGUCCUCCAGCAACUUCCCGCCCCGCUUCCAGCGCUCACCCCCUCCAUCCAUGGGCUUCAACGGCAUGCGCGAGGGUCGCCGCGCCGAGAACAGAAGCGUGCCUCCCAUCUCGAGUUUGCUGGAGUCAGCGAACGCUCGCGGAGAGCCUAGAAGCUACGAACCUGCAGGUGUGGAUGAACUCGCUACAAGAGAGCGCCACUUAGAGGCCAGCAUUGACCGCCUGAACAACGAAGCAGAUCGCCUGGAGGGCGAGACGACUGCUCGUCAGGAUGAGCUAGACUUGCCUACUGGCUGGGAGAGCUGGACCCAGAGUCGAAGAUCGGCAUGGCUGGCUGAUCGUCGGAGGCCGUCUCCAAGAUAUCGCAUGAGUGCACGAGACUAUGAGCAAAUGAGGCGCGACAGCCCAAGAGAGUACAGGCCAAACGCACGUAGCGCUCGACGAAGCGCUUUACCCACACCUCCCGAAGACGAGUCAGCGGACCCAGACAGCCUAUUUCUGCCCGAUAAUUCUGCCUCAAGACGCACCAACGGGGACGCGCACCCGCUGAGACAGCAUUGGGCGCCUCAGCCUCUUGUGGAUGGCCUCGGUGAUCGCAUUCGCAGCCCAACCCCUGGGGAUGGCUGGGAAAUCAUGCGCGCUACAAUCACGCCAGAUGCCACGCUUCCGAGUGCCGACAGUAGCUUCACCAGCGCAGCCGCAGCAAAUUCUUUCUCCAGCAACAGCACGAGCGCUACGGAAGCCAACUCCAGCUUUUCAUCAGUCAACAGCCGUCAAACAUCUCGCGCAGGAGGCCAAGCAGAGUCUAUCUCAUCCGUAGAUCCGGACGAUCUUCGCAACGAUGAUGACCGAGAAGUCGAGGCUGAGUUUGCUGCAGCAAUGUACGCUCAGGAGCUGACCUACCCAGAAGGAUGCUACCGCGUAAGGGAGCACCGCACAAGGUACCGUCAGGAGGGCAGACAGUACGCCUACUCAGACGAGCCAGAGCCUGUAGAAGUAGGUUUCCGCAUCAUCAACGAAGCUCUAAGCACGUCCGAAGGUCGCGAACGCGUCGACCAGCUUGCGCGCACCAUGAACGAAGCUACCGACGACAUGGCGCAGCGCAUCCGCACACGCCGGCCCGAAAACACUCGAAGCGAUAGCCCAAGACGCCCUUCAGCUCUCCACCACGAAGACGACAGUCCACCAAGCCCUCACCCCGAACGCUACAGCGAGGAGACCCGCGCCGCAGCCCGCGAAAUGUCCGACGACAUCUACGAGAUCUUCGAACGAAUUGGACCCGUCAUCCGUCGUCCAGAACCCGACUUCACGUUCCCAGAGGGUUUCCGUGUCCGCGGUAUGCUAGCCGAUUCUCGCUCGCGCUCUCGCUCGCCACCACCACGCUAUUCACCGCCUCACACCGCCGCCACAUCUCACGCAGCGCCUGAGGCUCACCCCGUCGGUCCUCCGAGCAUGCGCAGCCAGCGUGAAGUCGGCGAGAUGUUAGGGGAGGGGAGUGAGAGCGAGCUGGAGGGGUUACAGAGGAUUGCAGAGAGGAUGGCGCAGAGGGGAAAUGUGCCUGAUGAGUGGUGGAUGAGUAUGGGGAUGAGUGGGCUCUCGAGGUCAAGGGCGAGAAGUCCUGGGAGGAGACGCGGGGGUUCUGGUGAGGGUCACGAGGCGGCUGGGACGAGGGUGAGGGAGGGGAGGGUGGGGAGGGGGAACUCAAGGCUAUGA